GUGUGAGUAACUUCAGUGUGGUAGUUUUCCUCGCACACGAGAGUGUCAAGUUGAGUGUGAAAAAAGCGACAUUUUUCUUAGUUUUUCCCAUUCUUUUUUAGUUUUCCUUCGCGUGUGGGCAUUUUUCCGACCCCGUGCGUGACUCCUUCAUCACAAAAAGGAUAAAGUUUGUUUCUCGCAGAGUGUGGGUUUGUGUGACACGAGAAUAAAGUGAAGGAAAAAAAAGGAAUUGUGACGAAGAUCGCAGAAAGAAUAAAGAAGCGGCCAAGGGAGUGAAAGAGCUGCAAAGAUGCCGAAAUCUGUGAGUACGAUGGGAAAUUUUAUUUAUUUGGUGGUGGAAAUUUCUUUAUUUGACUUUACAUUUGUUCAUUUUUUUCUUCGUGAAUAUUACGGCUUCUGUGAAAAUUUUUUAAAAAUAAUUUUAUUUUUUAAUGGUUGCUGUAGAAGUUUCUUCUUUUAUCUUUAAUAUUUUGACUUUUUCCUAUUUAUUUUUUAUUUAUCAAUUCAUUUUUCAUUUUUCCCAAUGAUCAUCUUAAUAUCGAUCACGAAGAUAAACUGAGAAUUUUAAGGAACAUGAUCUUCAAGAAAGAUCAAAAUCUUUAAGAUCACCCAAAAACUUCAAGAUCAAUAAGAGAAUUAAAAAAAAAAAAGAUUAAUAAAAAAAUCUCAAGGAAUAUCUUCAAAAACAGUUUAGGAAACAAAUUAUCUUGAUAAUACAUAUUAAGGAAGAUCUUUAAGAAAAUUGAAAAAAAUUAAAAAAGAUCAUCAAGAAAAAUAAAUAAUAAAAACAAAUAAAGAUCACCAAGAAAAAUAAAAAAAAAACUAAUAAGAUCAUCAAGAAUAUUAAGAAGGAUUUUUAAUUUUUUUCACGAUCAUCUUCAGAAUAAUCUCAAUGAAUAGAUAAAUAUAAACAUUUUCAGGAAGAUCACCACAAAGAAAUUAAAUUCUUAUGAAGAUCAUCAAAAAAUUAGAAGAUUUUUUUAAAAAAAAUUUCUUGAUGAUCUUUUUUACAAUAUUUGAUCUUUCUUAUUGAUUUUUAAUUUUUUUCUGAUGAUCUUUCAGAUUUUAAAUUUUCUUGAUGAUCUUCUCGCGAAUUUCAAUCUUUCUUGUUGAUCUUUAUUAGAAGUUUUAUUUUCUUGUGAUCAUUUAAAGAAUUUUUAAUUUUUGUGAAAUGUUGAUGAAGAUCGUUAGGAAAAUUUCAAAAGAAUAAUAAAGGUCAGGAAGAAUUAAAAAAAAAAGCUAAUAAAGAUCACCAAAAAUAUAAAAGAUUUUUCAUUUUUUCUUGGUGAUCAAUCAUCUCUAGGAUAAAUAUUAAGGCCAAAAUCGUUAUAAAAGUCAUCAAAAGAUUUUAAAGAAUUUUUUUCAAAAUUCUUUGAUCUUUGAUCUUAUUGAUUUUUAUUUGUUUUCUUUUCUGUUGCUGAUUCUCUCUGAACUUCUCUGCUUAACACUAACAAUCUUCUGCCUAAUUUCUUUAAAAUAUUUUUUAAACCCUUCAUAGUCUUAAUGUUAAAUAUUAUAUUCUCUUUUCUUGAAUAAAAAAUUAAAUAAUAUUUUGUCUUAAAAAGUUUUCUAAAAAUUUCGAAAACAACAAAAUAUUCUUCUGUAAAUUUUUAAAAGAACUUUCUGCAAAAAGCUCCUCAAUUCAAAUAAAUUAGUUGAGCAUAGUUAAAAUAUCAUUCUUUGAGUAUAUUUGUGAGGAAUGUUGGGCGUCUCGCGAGGUGAUUGUGUGGUGUGUCUGUUAAGGAGGUUUGUGUGCUUUUUUUUGUCGCUCUAACUGAUAAGACGCGCGGCGCAGUGUUAAGACAAAUUAUUAAAAAAGAAAUAAAAUGUGGGAGAAUUCUACGAUACAAAAGGCCACGAAGGAGCGAGAUACUAUUUUUGUGUUGGAGAUAGAUAACAUUCUCCAUGGUGAGCUUUUUUUUCUUCAUUCUUUUAUCAAUUCAGACCACAUGCGAGGCAAUACCGCCACCAAUUAGUGCUCCAAUAUUAUUCCCUCCAAUUGUGAAGCAUUUUCUGGGGAUGGGCACGCUAUACACAAUUUUCCGCGCAGCCCAUUGCUUUGGGUCUCUUUUCAAAUUCCUCACGGGGGCUUUCCAUGCUUUUUUUUUCGGAGUCUCUCUCUCUAUUUCCACGGUAAUAUGUAAUUUAGUACGUAUUUUUUUUAAUUUCAAUUGUGCCCCACUAAUUCAACCUUGAUGGCAACAACAACAAAAUGUAAUCUCUCUCUCAUUUUUGCGCUCUUCUCCGUCCUCUCACCCGCACAUUGUAGUUCUUUUCAUUGGUAAUCGAUUACGUAAAGGAAAUUGGUUUUUUGAUAAGUUUUUUUUCCAAACGCAGAUCCACACACAUAUUAUGUGCGAAUGUCACCAAUUUGGGCCUCCGAAAAGAAUCUAAAUAAGCGCGAGACUCUCGCGGCAAAAGGUGAUUUAUCAAGAUUCCCAAAAAGUUAAUUUAUAUUCCACAAAAUUCAAACACCAUCCUUCAACGAAAAGAAAAGGAGAAAAAAUGUAUUUUUGCUUGUUUUAUCUUGUGGACGAAUUGGCACGCUAAAUUAACCUGUUGCGAUUUUUGCAUACCAAAGAGGGUCAAAUUGUAGAGGUUAAACGAAAAAAAAAAUUCAAAAAUCUUCAUGAAAUUUCAACAUAUUGCAAUGUCUCGUGAAGAUCAUGGGUAAAAAAUUGGGAAGCUUGAAAAGAGAGCUUUUAAUUUAUUUUAAUUGAUUUGUUAAGUUGAAAGACUUAGAAAAUGAAUUUUAACGUCGUUCUUGAAUGGUUCUUUAUCCUUUCUAAUAAAUUUAUCUACCAAGAUAUUUUUUCUUCGUUUUUAAGCUAACAAAUUUGAGGCAAAAGGUCGCCUAAAAGGAUCUAUAAAAAAUUCUCAUUUUUCUACGCAGUAACGAUUUUUACGUCAAUUUUGUUUGACGUUACCCGGCUGGCAAAGAUUAAUUAAUUUUCUUUAAACCGUAUUUAUAAAAUUCAAGAAUAAAAUCUCUUUGAAGUUUCAAAAUUAUCAUCACUUCACAAUAAAUAAAUUAAUAAAGAAAUAUUACCCAAAUUAUAAGUAAAGGAGGGCGGGGCUAAUAAAGUCACUUAAGGGUUUGGAAAAAGCUUAAAAUAUCAUAUUUCCUAGCUAGAUAGAAUAAAAUGAUUUAAGAAAGAGUUGUAGGGAAAGAAAUAUCCUAAAGAAUUGAGCUAUACAUUUCGCUUUAUCUGUUUGGGAAAUAUGAAAUUUUGAGCUUUUUCUAAACCCUUAAGUGACUUUUUUAACCCCGCUCUCCCCUAAGUUUAAUUUCUAAUUAUUUUUGUUUUCAAAAAAUAAUAUAGAUUUCCAAUUAAACUUAAUAAGAACUAAAUCAAGAAUGAUCUAAAAAAAAAGAUAGAUUUUUUUUUCAUUAGCAAUUCUUCCUGAAAUCGUAAAAAAAAUGUGAAAAGAUCUGUGGUCCAGUCGGGUAAGCUUUUUUGACAUGACUGACAAUUUAUUACGUGAGGGUCUAAAAAGAACUUGUUCAAGAAUCAUAACAAGUUUACUUUUAGAAAAUAUUUAGAACUAAUUUUAUCAUCAGCAAUUCUUUCUCGAAUCGUUAAACAAUAAUAAUGUAAAAAGACCUAUAGUCCUGCCGGGUAUGUUUUUUCGACACGAAUGACAAUUUAUUACACACACUACGUAAAAAAUUACUGAUAUUUUAGAGGUUCUAAAUGAAAUUAAAAGAAAAUAGAAAUGAAAAAUUCUCUUUAAAAAGAAAUCCUUGAAAAUUCUACGUCGUAAAAAACAAUUUUUAUUUUCGCUGUAAAAUUAAAAUAAUUUUCUAUCUCUUUUCAAAUGCACACAAAUAUGCAAUAAAUUAUGCAAAUAAAUACUAAACAAAUUAUGCGAGGAAAAAUAUGAUAUUGACGAAUGACUUUAAACAAUUAUAUUGAGCUAUAUGCGGCCGGUGAGGAAGAAACCAUUUGCUGGCGAUUUUCCACUGAGAUGCCUUCCAUAGAUAAACUAAGGCGCAAAAUUACUAUUUAGUAUGUGAUAUAUAUUAUUUUUUGUUUUACAAUUGUGCAAGAUUAGAUUAGACACGCAUUUUUUCGGCCUUAUAUGGCUGCCAAUUGAUGAUGCGACCUUUGGAGAAUUAUAAUCGCAAAAACUCUGCUAUAGGCGCGCGCUAUUUAUAGGAAUUGAGUAAGAUUUUUUUAUUAUUUUUCUUUGAAAAGAAAAAUCUCCCUCUUUUGAGCUUUUUCUGCAUGAAAUUCAAGACAUUUUUUUCUUCUUAUUCAUACCACAGCAGAGGAAAUGAAAGAGAUGGAGUGCAAUGGACAAAAUAAUAUAAAAUUGCACUAUGUUGCAGAUUUUAUACAUAUUUUGCAACGUUUUUUUUUUACGAAUAAACUGCUGUGUUUGUGCAUAAAGUUGAAUUGGCGACAAGUUUGGGGGUAGGGUGGGAGGAAGGAAGUGCAAGAGUUCGAUAUGUGUGUGUGUGGAAAAUGGGCGGGAAAACCUGUUUGAAUUUUAACCCGAAGGUAAAUUCAAAGAUUUUUACCAAUUAGAAAAUGAGAUGUGGAUGGUUAUCAGAUAAAAGCAAGUCCACUGGUCAGAGUUCUCCCUGCUAAACACGAAGUGAUUGCACGCUGGGCUUAGGCUACGUGAGAGAUGCUGAGACGAGAGAAAGAAAGAAAAAAAAAAGAGCCAAAUGAAAAUUACUAUUGAAACUAUUUGAGAAAUCUCACUUAUAGAGUGUUUUUACCUUCAACCACCUGUUGAUUGCUUUGAGAGUCUCGGAAACUUUCACCCAGAGUACUUGUGCGCAUAUCUCUGCUCAAUGUAGGCAAAUAUUAUUGAAAUUAAUAUAAUAUUUCUCUCUCUCAUUUGCCCAUUUUACUCUCUUUCUCUCCCCCUGGCCCAGUAUGAUCGUUUUGUCACCAUUAAACCAAUGAGCUAUCUAUGUACACAUAGAUUUAUGUUGUAUGUAUGAUGAUGGAGUAUUUAAGAAAAUGCUAUAGCACGUUAACUGGGGAAAUUGGAAGCGAUGUCUUUUUUUUUUUUUCAUUGAACAUUUCCGAGGGAGUUAAGUGAAGCAGUAAAUCAUAAUUUCUGCAGUUUUCUCCACACUGCUGGACGACUGGAGGAGGCUGAAUAAGGGGAGGCAGAGGCGCGAGAGGAGCUAGAUGCACAGUGCAAUACAAAGUAGUUUUAAUUUCAAACGCCAUCCGCUUUCAAUUUGUAAAUAUGUAAUUCUUCUGUUCUAAGGUUUUUACCAAAGGGGAGGAUUGUUUGUGAAAUAAUGGGCCUAAUUCAGCUACCAAGAAACCCCUAAAAUCUUUGAAUUUUGUACUGAAAUUUCAAGAUUUCAAGCGAAUUUCAAGGGUUCCUUAGUCGCUGAAUAGGGCCCAAUAUUCGGAAUUUAGUUAGGAUAAUUAGUUAUUAACGAUUAUUAAAACAAAAUUUGUUCUUUUGAGUCUUUUUGCCACUUUAAAAAAGCCUGAAAAUGAGAAAAAAAAUCAUCGAAACGUCGCUAGAGAGCUACAUAAAAAAUCAUUGAAAUUUCAAAAAGAAUUUCCUAAUUAUUCGUUUCUAUUUGGAAUAUUUGUAAAUAUUCGCUAAAGAAUAGUUAAAAUAUUAAGUAGUUUAACACCCCUUGGAUUGUAAUGCUGCAAAUGUCUGACGCAUACUUAUAUGGAGCAAUUUUCCUUUUAGAUACGUGAUGAAGUUUGCAAUAAAAGAUCAAAAGAAGCGAAGAAAAAUGUAAAGAGAUAUGAUUUUGGUGUUAUCAGACGAGAAGAAUAUACUUUUUCCUUGGGGAAUUUAUCAAGGUUUCUUUCGCCAUAUGAUUGCACACAAUCUUAUCCUUGAUCUUUCAGCUGAGAUUCGUGAAAUAUUGUAUGUAAUUUACUAUCAAAGUGUGAUUGAAUAUUUAAUUUUUUGCAAUUAAAUAGUGAAACUUCUUUUCCAAGAAAGGAGAUGUGAUGCACUGAGAGAGAAAAAAUUGUCGCAUUGAAAGAAAAUUGUUCUGAAAGAAGAUGAAAUAACGAAUAAAAUUGAACUUGAAUGUCUUUUAAGAAUUGACAGGUGUCAAAUGUGAGAUGAUAAAUAAAUACGUGAUUAAAUUGAAUCUAACAUGUGUCUCUAAUGCCAACAUUUCAUUUUAUUUAAUCAGAAGCUUGAGUUUUGUUUAUGACUCAUUUUCACACCAUUGUGUAUGAAGUUAUUACUUAUCGUUAGAAUAUGAUGAGAUGUAUGGCAAUAGCAUUAUUUUACGUCAGAUUAAAUGACAUUUUAAACUGACAGAUUAACAUAACCUCAAUUUCUUUGACGUUUCGAAUCGGUUUUGAUGCAUCAUCAGUAGGUAAGAAAAAAUCAUUUUAACUAAAAUUAAUGCGAAAAUUUAGAUUAUUUAUUAAUCACAAAACAACGCAGAGUUCUCAACUAAUUACGCCACAUACGUACAUCAAGUUUGAUCGAUAAACAACCACCAACUUUAUCUUGGAGUGCAUCCUUCCUUUUGAUAUACUAUGUGGAUAUUUUUAGGGUUGUUGCGUGUUGUCUGAAAACUUGUAACGAAGGGUACAACAUAAUAUGAGGUGAAAUAGACACCCCGCUAACCUACAUUUCAUACAACUCUCUCUCUCUCUCUCUCUUUUAUUUUCACCCACUGCCUCACUUCAAUAAAAUUGACCCACGACGUACACACCAACCUUGAGUACAAAAUGUACAAGAAGAGUGAAAAAAAAAUCACAUAAAACCUACAAGAGUGCCAAUAAAGGUGCAAAAGAAUGGUUUUUAUAAAGAAAAUGAAAAUAAAAAAAAAUUCAAUUGAGAAUCAUUGAAUGAUUUAAUUCACUUGACGAUGAUUAAUACUCUUCUGCCUUGGAAAAAUCACCUGCAAAUGUACGUUGGUGUAUUUCAAUGGAAGUGUCUUCGCGCAAUUAUUCUCUCUCUCUCUCGGUCGGAGUUAGAAACAUUUGAUGUGGGGGCAUGUGAGGCAAUAGAGCGCGGUGUGAUUCACUCACACCUUCUUUGACGGAUGAUCGGAGGAAAAAGAUGGCGUGUGGAGUUUAUUGCUUCUUCCAUACAAUAUUUACUUCUAUCUCUAUGUAAUGUACAGCAUAUAUCCCCAACUUUCCACCAAUGUGUGUGAGAUUGUCUCAAAAGGGGGAUGAGAGGAGGGGAGGCAAAAGCAUCAGUUUGGAGUCACAGUCUUGACUUCUCUUUUUCUCCAUUUCAGGUGAAGGUGAUUGUUGAUCAAUUUUUAGCGCUGUGUGAGGUUGAUCUUGGGGGAAUUGUGUGAGGGAUUUCAGCUAGAGAGAUGCUUAAUUUUGUAUUCAUGACAGUAUAACAGCUCCUCACACACCGUAUGCCAAAACUGGGGAGGUGUCUCUGAUCUAGUUGUGCUUGAAAGAUUGUCUGUUGAAGAUAGUUUUGUGAUAUGCAUAUCACGAAUGUCUUCAAUGAAAGGCAUACUUCAAAUGAAAUUGAGAUGUGUUUGAGUUCCGUUUUAAUAUAAAACUUUCUUAAGCUUGUUAGAAAGAUGGAAGAAUUGCUUGAAAAUUGUCUGAAGGUUGUUCUGAUGUUUUGCGUUUAGUAGGCUUCCCUGAUUUUUCCCUGAUCUGUAAACUUAAAACUAAACAAGUUGCCUAACAAGCUUAAUUCUUACUAAUUCUUACGUUUACCAAGUUUCACUGCUGUGGGCCCCAGGCCACUCGAACAUCAGCGGGAAUGAAAUGGCAGAUGAGCUAGCUAGACUUGGGUCUAGCAAAAGCCUAAUAGGGCCAGAACCCGUUUUUGGUUUCGCCGCAUGUGAAUAUAAAUGCCGCAUCCGGGAAUGGGAGUUCGAAAAAAGAACAAACCACUGGAAUUCUACUAAGGGGAUGAAACAGGCUAAAAAGUUCUUCGGAACGAGCCUACCAAAACACCCUGAAAUUAUAAAUCUGAGCAAACCGCUGCUUAGAACCUACGCAUGGUUCGCAACGGGCCACGGCCCUAUGAACUACAUGCUUAAAAAAUUCGGCAGGUCCGACACUGACGUCUGCAGAUUCUGCAAUUCCGAGGUGGAAACUGCCGAACAUCUUCUCUGCCAGUGUGACACAUUGGUCCACUCUAGGAGGCUGCAUUUGGGCACAGGCAGCUGCAAAUUGCCUCUCCCAAAAAGCAUUACUCCAAUUGAGGUCGUCAACUUUAUCAAACGCCUCAAUAUCCACUAUUAAUCAAGGGGACGCACAAUAGACCCACAUGGGCCGCAGUGCACAGGAGAUGAAAGUCUCCUAGCCCCAUUUAACGUAACGUAAAUUAAUUCUUUCGUUUAUUUUAAAGAGUAAAUAAAAAAAAAGGCUUAAAAGAGUAGAUUUUCAUUCUAGGUCCUUGCAAAGGUUAGUUCUGUAAUAUGCUAGGAGAAAGUUCAGUUAGCAACCUAUAGGUUUUAUUCUUUCCCAAUCAGAGCUAAAAAUGUGAUAAAAUGAGUAGUUCUAUAGGCUUACAUGCAGCUCGUACAAUUCCAGUCAAAUAGUUCUUUUAGAAGCAGAAUAUCAGUAUUCUCUGAACGAAAACUAUCGUCUGAUCUCAAAUGCAAACUGCCUUUUAACGAAUUCGCUCGUCAAUGUUAUACAGACUAAAAUAUAGUUCUAUAAGAAAAGUAAACUAGACGUCCUGUUCCGUCAAGUCUUGACGGUUUGGAGUCUACUCAACAGGCUCUAGGAAUAUCCUGCAAACGAUUAUUAUUAACCGAUUUAUUGGCUGUUUCAGAAGCUUUGUUUAUUCAUAUUUUAGGCCCACUUUUGUGCAUAAUUUUGAGGAAUCUUCGUAAGAUUCUUUACGAACUGUUUCAUAAGGCAACCUGUAAACUCCUUCACUGAACAAUCAGGACAGAUCUGCUUGUCUUUUAAAAAGCCUUAUUAGUCUUUUGCUUGCAACAAAUUAUUCAUUUUGCCAUGAAAACUAUACUUUUCUGUGCCUUUAUAAAAUGAUCAAAUCUGUUUAGUUUAGUUCGUUUAAGCUCUGAUCAACGUUUAGGUUCUUAAGAACGCAUUUUCUUCUCAUUUACAAAUAUUAUUUCCCUCUUCUUUUGUUUCUGAAAAAUCAACCCAAAUAUCUUCCUUGGUGGCACCUUCAGAGCGAUAUAAUUCCGGCGCGGAUUUCACAAAGAUUAUACGAGAUAAUCUCUAAUCUUUCACGGCUUUGUACGGGAGGCGUCACGUGCUUGUUGACGCGCGUCAACAAUUCCAUGCUCUCUUGAGUCAACAAUGACCACAGCCGCUUUUGCUGUGUGUCUCGAUCUCUCGUACAGAGUGCAUCGGAGAAACGCACUAUAAAAUGAAUUUACUUCUUGCUUUGUGUGUGUGUUUGUGAGGUUUGUGCUGCAUAGUUCCGUUUUACCUGGACGGUUUGCUCAUCUCACCUGGAAUUUCGGUUUUUUCUUCCAUUCUACAAUUUGAAGUCUUUCCUCUCAUGUGUGGUAGAGUGAGAGAAUGAAAAAAAAUAAGCAACGUAUGAGAAGGGGAAAAGGCGGUUUAUCGCGACGCUUGGCGCUCUUUUGAAAAAAAGAAUUGCUUGGUGGUAUCGUGGGCUUUCCUCGAUGUAGUGUGUUUGAGAAAAAGAGUCUGUCAAUUUCUCAACAUCUCUGGACCAUAAAAUUUUGCUUUAAUAUUGGUGUGGAAGACAAUAUAGCCACAAUAUAAAGAAAGGAAGAGAAAAAAAAAAGCUGUGAGAAGAACUCGAGUUCUCCCUCUUCUUUUGCCAAUAUAAAAUACUCUUUGGCAGUUGUAUUGGGGUGUACAUAGCGCGAUUUUAUGUAUUCCCCGGUCGUGACGCAAUCAACGAAUUAUGACCGUUGGUUGGAAGUAGUUUGAACAAAUUGAAUGUGCUCAGUUGGGAGUUGGAUAUUGCGGUUGGCGUGUGGAUGAGUUUUAUGUUGAAAAAAUUGAGAAAGUCAAGUUUCUCAGCAUUUGAAGAGAGUGCAAGGAAGCAAGUUUAGUUAGUACAGACUUCGAGGGCGAUCUCAACUAGCCACAAUCAUUUGGAUUAAAUUUAAAAAAAAUAAUAGUUUUGUGCUUCUCUGUGCUACGCCAGUGUUUGUUCCAACUAUCAAAAAUCCUUUCCACCUGGGACGCCGUUUCCUUCCCACAACGUUCCUGAACAUUCUGUGAGCCAUAUUGAGGAUAAACCCAAUCCUUAGGAAGAAAAAAAUCAAACAUUGUGCUUUGUGUAAGAAAGUGAUCAACACAAGAACAAAUAAUAAUUAAAAAUGGUUGCCGGAGGAAAGAUGGUAAAUGUACGUGUUACCACGAUGGAUGCCGAGUUGGAGUUUGCAAUUCAGCAAACUACCACCGGCAAACAAUUGUUCGAUCAAGUGGUCAAGACAAUUGGAUUGCGCGAAGUAUGGUUCUUUGGACUUCAGUAUACAGACUCAAAGGGGGAUCUUACGUGGAUUAAGCUGUACAAAAAGGUGAUGAAUCAAGAUGUGAAGAAGGAGAAUCCGCUACAGUUUAAAUUCCGUGCAAAAUUCUACCCAGAAGACGUUGCGGAGGAACUCAUUCAGGACAUAACGCUGCGUCUGUUCUAUUUGCAAGUCAAAAACUCAAUCCUCUGUGAUGAGAUUUACUGUCCGCCCGAAACGUCAGUCCUCCUGGCAUCGUAUGCGGUCCAGGCGCGUCAUGGGGACUUCAACAAAUCCAAUCAUUCGGCGGGUUUCCUGUCGAAUGAUCGCCUCUUGCCACAGCGUGUCAUUGAUCAGCACAAGAUGUCCAAGGAUGAGUGGGAGAAGAGUAUUAUGACGUGGUGGCAGGAGCAUCGUGGUAUGCUCCGUGAGGACGCCAUGAUGGAAUACUUGAAGAUUGCGCAAGAUCUCGAGAUGUACGGCGUGAAUUACUUUGAGAUUCGCAAUAAGAAAGGUACGGAACUGUGGUUGGGUGUUGAUGCUCUUGGGUUGAAUAUCUACGAGAAGGAUGACAAGUUAACACCCAAGAUUGGCUUCCCCUGGUCCGAGAUUCGUAAUAUCUCAUUCAAUGACAGGAAGUUCAUCAUUAAGCCAAUUGACAAGAAAGCCCCAGAUUUCGUCUUCUUUGCCCCCCGCGUGAGGAUCAACAAACGCAUCCUGGCACUUUGCAUGGGCAACCAUGAGCUGUACAUGCGUCGCCGUAAGCCCGAUACAAUUGACGUGCAACAGAUGAAGGCACAAGCACGUGAGGAGAAGAAUGCAAAGCAGCAGGAACGUGAGAAGCUGCAGAUGGCCUUAGCGGCACGCGAGAGGGCUGAGAAGAAGCAGCAGGAGUAUGAGGAUCGGCUGCGCUCAAUGCAGGAGGAGAUGGAACGAUCACAAUCGAAUCUUGUGGAGGCACAGAAUAUGAUUAGACGCCUGGAGGAGCAGCUGAAGCAGCUGCAGGCGGCCAAGGAUGAGCUUGAGAAGCGUCAACAGGAGCUCCAGGCCAUGCUGAUGCGCCUCGAGGAGGCAAAGAAUAUGGAGGCAGCUGAACGUACGAAGCUGGAGGAGGAGAUUUCAGCCAAGCAGCGUGAAGUGCAGAGGAUUCAGGAUGAGGUGGCAAUUAAGGAUUCCGAAACGAAGCGACUACAGGAAGAAGUUGAGGAGGCACGUCGUAAGCAGGAAAUGUUGACAUUGCAGAGUGAAGCUGCGGCUGCUCUUCUUGCUGCAAGUGCCACGCCACAGCACCAUCAUGUGGCUGAGGAUGAUCACGAUGAGGAUAUGACGAAUGGUGAGGGCAAUGGGGAUGUUUCACGUGACCUGGACAUUGAUGAACACAUCAAGGAUCCAGUUGAGGAUAGACGUACGCUGGCAGAGCGCAAUGAACGUUUGCACGAUCAACUUAAGGCGCUGAAGAAGGACUUGGCACAGUCCCGCGACGAGACGAAAGAGACGGUCAACGACAAAAUUCACCGCGAAAAUGUUCGCCAGGGACGCGAUAAGUACAAGACCCUGCGGGAAAUUCGCAAAGGUAACACGAAGCGUCGGGUGGAUCAAUUUGAGAAUAUGUAAGUGCAGAAUUAAGGUCUUUAUUUGUGGGCUCUCAAAGGCACACACAAACAUACGCCCUUGUGUGUAGCAGACCAAUUUGUGGGCAGGGAAAACAACUAAAAUUAAAGGAAAAAAGUGUCGCGAGAAAGAUUUUUUUUCUAUUAAGGUGGGGAAAGUGAAAAGGAAAAACAAAACAAAAAAGUGGCAGAAUCUGCAUUCGAAAAGAUAGAAUCAUCUCUAAAAGAAUUAUUUCUUUUUCUUUUUUUUCAAUUUAUCCAUUUUAUUUGCUCUUCAAAUGGGGUUUAAUAUUUUUUUUUCUCUUAAAUUUUGUUCUUCGUUUUUUUUUUCGUGAAACACAAAGUUUGUAACUCUGCGUGUUGCGAGAUUUUUUCAUAAACUAAAAAAAAAUUCUCAUUUAAAAGAAUUUUUUUUAAGAGUUCUUCCAAAAAAAAAACACGCAUUCAGUUGAAAAUGAUAUAAAUAUUACAUAAUUGUUAUUUUUUUUUUGAUAAUUAAGGGAAUUAUUAAUUAACUCUAUAAUAUAUAUUAUUAUAUAUUUUUAUAGUAAAAGUCAGAGAAAAAAAAAGAGAAAUUAAAGUAAAAAAAAAAAGAAAGUUUUAAAUGGAUUAUGUGAGGUUAUAUUGAAUUAUUAAUAAUUAUUAAUUAUAUUAUUAUUAUUAUAUUUUUGCUACUCUGCCAUUUAAAUUGAUUUAGAUGUGAAAAAAUGACUGUGUACUACUUCUUUUUUUCCACACGAGAACAUUGCAAACAAACAAAUAAACAUUCUCUGAUUCGUUAGCAUGCUGAAAAUAUGUUUUUUUGUCUUUGAAUUUAAUAUUUUGGGAGAUUUUUAUAAAAAAAAAUAUUUAUAUGAAAAAUAAUUGUUUUCAAUAGAAGAAAUUGUUCCCGAUGAAGUUUUUCGCAAUAAAAUUGAAUUUUCUUAAUGAAAAAUAAGUUUUCUGACAUUAUUUUUUGAAACUUAAACUAAUUUUGAGAACAGAGAAUAAUUUUUUUAAAAAUAGGAAAUGAUUUUUCUAACCAAAAACAAAACUUUUUCUGCUUAAGAAAUAAUUUAUAAAAAUCAGAAAUCAUUUCAAAACAAUACAAAAAAUAAAUUCUAAAGAAGAAAUACUUUAAAAAAAAACAAAGAAAAUAAAUUCAAUAAAUGAAUUCCAAUUUAAAAGAAAAAUAUCUUUUCGAUUUUCCUUUCAUCUUCCAAAAGUUGAGUUUUGAAAAGAAAUGAAAAUAGAGGAAAAAGUAAAUGUUUUUUUAGUGGUAGCUAUUUUGAGUAAUAAAUAAAUAAACAUUUAGGUAGGGUAUCAAAGUAUUAGAAGAGACCGAAAUGAGGGGGGAAAAUAAGAGAAAUUAAAAAAAAACAUAGUUUGUAAAUAAAUAAUAAAAACUAAUAAAAAAAUGGAAAAUUCUAAACAAAAAAGAAAAUUCCCAAUCCCGCAUUGUUCAUUAAAAAAAUAAACUCUUUUUUCUAAUAUAUUUGCGCAUACGUAAAAAAUAAUAAUUAAAAAAAAUAACUCCUAAAAAAACGAAUAAAAAUAAAUCAAAAUGUGGCCUUGAGAGUAAUUAAAAAAAAAAGACGAGAAUAAUUCUAACAUUAAAAAAAUAAAUCCAAGUGAAAGCAAAAUAGGAGAUGAAUGAAAUUUUUAUACAAAAAUUUUGUAUACAAUUUUUUUUUGAGUUUACUUUUAAGGGGCGCGAGAAAAUGAAAAAAAAAACAUGAAAAAACAAUAAAUUGAAUAUUUAAAUUCAAAUAAACUUUAUAUAUAUAUUUGUAUCGUACGAUUUAAGUAUAUAAUUAAAAUGAAUAAAAAAAGGAGAAAAAUCAAGAGAAAUAGUUGAUAGAAAUUCCAAAAGAUACGACCACUGAGGGAGGGCUAAUAAGUAAUUUUAAAAAAAUGCAUUUUUCUUUCACAUAAAAAACCGCAAAUGCGUGUUUCAUGCCAACAAUGCUUAUAAAUCUACCGAUUUUUCCAUUAUUUUUUUGAAGCUUUUACAUUCGAAUUAUUUUGACAAAAUAAAUUCAUGAAAAUAAUCUACUUAAAGCCGAUAUUUGGGCAUUUUUUUUUUAAACAAAAAGAAGAAAGAAGAAGAAAAUGUGCUAAAUCCGUUUAAAAAGAAAAAAAAUAUUCCAGCCACAGAAAACGAAUUCAUUGCCGACAGAUAUAACAAUAUUUUUUUUGUAAGUGAAGUGAAUUAAAAAGAAAAAGAAUAAAAAAAAGAAAAAAAUCAUUAGCAGGUUAGAGGAACAAAAAAGUGUGUGUAUAGACGGAAUUGAGAGGAUUCUUUUAUAUUUUGUAAAGGAGCCAAGUUGAGUAGCGCCGGAGGAUUUAAAAGAAGGAGAAGCAAAAGGUGUAGAAAUUGUGGGAAGAAAAAAGGCAAAUUAAAAAAAAAUUGGACAUCAGAAUGAAGGAAAUAUUACUUAAAGAUGAUGUUAUGUUACUUUAUUACACAUAUUACACAAUUUAAAUAAAUAAAUGAAUAGUAAAAAAAAA